GGCCUGUUUCGUUGAUUAAACUAAAUGUUAUGAGCGAGGAUUUCGGUCUAGACUCUAGCGGAAUGUACGAAUAAAAGGAACUUAAAAUAACAUCGCCUGAUAAGAAAACAUUUCGAAAUAUUGACCCCCCGCAGAUAACACUUCGCGGGCCUUUACUUUUCACACAGAACAUUUGACAUUCUAUACAUUUUGAAUCACAUAUACUAGGAUAAUGGGAAUAAUUUUCACUUAUACAUAGCGAAUAAUAUAAAAUAUACAUGUAGGCAGAUUGUUCAGGUUUUGAUGAAUGGCUAGUAUGAAAAAUAUCGUCACAGUAAUCUAAUGGAGAAUAGAAAAUACUGAGAAACGAUUUAAAAUUCUCAGAGAUUUUGCCCCAGUACUACGUAUCCAUUAGAGUUCGUCACGAUUAUUUUUUCUAUCUUUUUCUUAGACAUUCCCACGACGAGAGAAUGAUAAUUGGCGGGAAAAAAUAUGAUUGCCGAGUAAAAAAAAAACUGUUAUUGCAACUGAAACAAAGAGUGACAUAUCAGAAGUCGGGCUAGAAAAUCUCUCGAUACUUUUUAAACUCAGAAAGGUGAAGGUCACGGAAUGACGUUUUAUUUUUUUCUUGAGAUAGUUACGAAACAAGGUGUGUCUAGAUUCCUAAAUCGAAGGCUGCAUCCGGGCCACCGCAGGGAUCGAGUUACAGUUGGGGCGUGCGAAUGUCAAGGAACCCUGGGCUACGUCACGCGGCCGCGGACGCGCUCGCUCAGUCGCAGCCGACAUGUCUGCGCGUGCGCCCGCCAGCGCCAGUGUGUUCGUGAUCACCACGACCGCGCUCGCCGCCGCCGCCGCCGCAUUACUACCACACGGAAAUGACAUCGUGUGUAUUAAGGAUGGUCUCAGAGCGGACUACUCGACGGAGUGCCAGGAGUAUGUGCGCUGUUCGGACGGAGUAGUGAAACAGCGUUACGCUUGCGGACCGGGACGUCUGUUUAGUGAAAUAGCCGGGGCUUGCGUGUUGCGUCGACGAUACUCCUGUACCCGUAAGGUAUGCGCUCCCGGAGACACGUUCGCCUAUGCUACACCGGCAACUGCCUGCCGUCACUAUUACCGCUGUGAGAACGGAACGGCCAUCGACCACGCCUGCCCACCGGGAUCCUGGUUCGACUUAGCGAGGCAGGCCUGUUCCCGGGGGGCCGGGACUUGCUACGAACCCGUCUGUGCUGGAUUACCGGAUGGCGUGUUCCCGGACACCUCUCACGAAUGUCGAAGAAAACUGCGAUGCCAGGGUGCGGAACUGCGUGCCGUCAGCUCGUGUGUGGGACCGUGUUCAGACACCUGUCCUCCGCCACGAUCUGCAGCUGUUCCUCUACCGGCAGGAGACGCAGACUUCUGUUCAGAUGAAACUUGUUCUUCAUUUUGCCAACAAAAAGCGAACGGAGCUUACGCAGAUCGAUCGACCGGAUGCCGUGAGUACUUCGUGUGUGAAUCGCGGCGAGUCAUACGGCGAGGAGUCUGCGAACCUGGGCUAUUGUUUUCCGGAAGCGGAUGUGAACCAGCAGCUCAAAGCUAUUGCCCGCCACCUGCCCGAAGUCCUUGCUUUAAUAGACCGAACGGCCGAUACAGGGACUGGAUUGAUUGUUCGUCUUGGUACGAAUGCUACCGUGAAAGAGUAACCGCUCGAGGCACGUGCGAAGCCAACUUUGUGUUUGACGGUUUCGGCUGCGUUCCGAAAGGGGAUUUUUUCUGUGAAGGACCCGCAAUGGCUUCAGAAUGCGAGGGUAUGCCUAGUGGGACAUAUCAGGACCUGGGAUCGAACUGUACCAAAUACUACCACUGCGAGGGUUCGUUACGUACGAUUCUAUCCUGUCCGGAAGGCCAGAUUUUUGAUGGAGCAAGAUGCUCCUCAGAAUCUCAGUCUUUGUGCCCGAGUCUAGAACCAGAUUCCUGCUACGGCCGCUCAGACGGCCGUUACCGUUCCUCUGACACGGGUUGUCGCGGUUUCUAUUCAUGUAUCAAUGGACAGAAGGCGGUGUACGCCUGUCCAGUGGGCAAGGCGUUCGACGGUGACACGUGCGUCUCGUUUCACCCUUCAGUGUGUCCACGCGACGACUACUCAUGUUCCACUCUCUCGGAUGGAUAUCACGCAGAACUGGAGUCUAACUGCCGCAGAUACUUCUACUGCGAGGGCGGCGACCGAUUAGCGACAAGGUCCUGCCUCGGCGGGAAGAUAUUCGACGGUCACACGUGCGUCGAACCCUCACAGCACACCUGCGGGGCUCCGAGGAGGAGUACCUAUGAGAACGGCGGCAAGACCUGCGAAUCCGAAGGGUUCUUCGUGCAGUUGGGCACUGAGUGUAAAAAGUACUAUUUCUGUUUGACCGGCAUAAGAACGAGCCUGUCCUGUUCGGCGAGACAGCUGUUCAAUGGGCAAGUCUGCGUCCCCGAAGAACAGUACACCUGUCCAGGCUGAGGAAAUGAAUGUUUGCUCUGAAUUAACACUCAUGCCGGUGUAACGGCGACCUGCGAGAGAGGAGACUCCGGAGAAUACGACGUACCUGACACAAAGGCUGACACCCCGUGACAUUGACGUAUAUUAAUUUAUUACAAUUUCCGUAACACGAAUCAUCUGUUAGUUUUUAGUUAAUCAUUUAUUUGCAUAAAAACAUUUAAGCGACAUAUACAUCUAGUAAUUACACAGUGACUUUUAUCAUACAGUGUUAUUUUACAAACACAAAUAAGCUCUGUGAAUAAAAAAUAUACGAUAUAAUAACCUUACAUCCGGACCUUCAAGAAAUAAACAUCCAGCCAUAUCACGAGCCGGCGCAAACAACAUUAGCACAUGUAAUUUUUCAUAUAAAUAACAAAACAGAACCAGCCAAGACUGAUCACAUACAAAAUAGUGUUCAUAUAGUAUUUAAUAAAAAAUAUCUAGACUUAAUAUACAAUAAGUUUCUAGUUAUAAACAGAUGUUAAUAUAUAUAAACAUAUAUAUAGUUCUUUUAUUGGAUACCUUUGAUUGGUUACAGUGACAUUGGCAUAAAGCCUGAAGUACAUUCAAUGACAUAUAGAUUUUUUUAUUCGAUCAAAUAAGGCUAUGUUCAGGACAUCGAAGUGUUUUCUCAAUUUUAAAAUAACUCUAUCGAUAUAAUAACGUAUAACGUAGACAUAAACUCGCCUUACAGUUACAAUCAUGUCGCUAUAAAUUAAUACUAAAUUAGCUUCCGGGUCCGCGAUUUGGAAUAUAUUUUUUGUGUCUUUAAUUAACCAGUUGGUCCGUAGCGGAUAUUAAUUUAAAUAUACAUAACACCGAAUUUUAUCUGUGUAUCUGAUUUAAAUUGAUAAUAAAUACGUGUGUUUUUAUACAGGACAGAAUUAUAUAGAAGCUGCUAUAAGUAUGAUAAUUUUAAAAUAUUUCUCGUAUAAUACAUGUGACGACAAAAUAAGAAGCUUUCGUAGAAAUGAAUACUUAUAGUUUUGACCUAUAAUUCAUUGUUCAUUCCUAAUAAUUUAUAAUGAGACGUCGAAUCCUUAUUCAGUUAGUCUUUAAAUGAGACCAUAUAAUUUUUUUUUUGGUCUCGGACGUGUCACCGACACAACAAAUGGCGCGCAUGAACACAUUAACAUAUAUAUUUUUAACUACAACAUAUACAUUCAAUAUUGUUAAUACUAUACAGGGUGUGUGAAUAAGAGUUAGCAUUCACCACACCCUGUAUACAACAACCACUUCACAUAUAAAACGGAUAUCAGACAUCAAUUAAAUCUCUUUCGAACGUCUAGUCUACACCAGCCGAGUGACGAGAGAUUCAGUCUUAAUAUAACCAGAUAAAGUACAAUUUCGUUCGACCACUAACAAUUUCUUCUAAAGGUUUCCAUACAUAUGGUAUUUGAUUAACAGAUUAAUUGAUAGAAAUGCAAAGAAAAAU